GUAAAAAGAGGAAGGAAGGGAGUGUGCGGGGGAGGAAAAACAAGGAGCUACGUAAUGGGAGAAGUUAAUGAGAAUUGAGGCAUUUUCUCAUUAUUUGCAAAUUGACUUUCUUCUGCGCGACAAUAGGUGGGCAAAUAAGGCAGCCGUGCGCGCACCACACACCUGUGACUGUGAGUUACCUGUGAGCCUCAUGGUGGUGUCGCAGCUUCGGUUCCAAAUGCGAUCGCGCGCGCGAUUUUCGCGAUCAACCGCCGUGGUGUGGUGGGAUCAAUGUGUGGGCUGCUGUACGAAGGAAAUCCCCAAUGCGAGAUCGCAGUCAAUAUGUUUUGAGACACCUCGUGGAUUGCUCUUAGUUAUCAGAGUCCCUCCGACGUGGUGAGAUCGUGGUGCGCAAAACUUUUCUUUUUGUUCCUCUUCCAAAUUUCCCCCAAAAAAAAGAUCAUUAAGAUAGAAGAUAUUUAAGAAAUAAUCCUUGAGGAUUUCCUUUGUGUACGUGCAAUGGAAAGGAUUGCCCUGGUUGGGCUCCUCGUGGUGGCAUUGUGUGUACUUCUGUGUGAUUGCGGUGAGAUUGAUGUGAAUCUCCUCCAUGAGAUCAGUGAGCGCAAUGCAACAGCUGCGGAUAUCAUCAAUAGUAGCCUGUCGGAGCUUGUGGAGGAAUUUCGGGCAACAUCUCCAGCUCCACCGCCGCCGCCACCCACCACAACGCCCGCAGUUAAUGAUCAGGAGCUCCUCAUCCCGCCGGCCACCGUGAAUGCAAAUAUUGCUCAAAUGCACAAUCCCCCGAAGAAAAGGGGACCCAUUGUUAUCAGCUCUGAGCCUGAUUGUCCUUCUCUGGAGAAUGCGGAUGAAUUGUCGCAGACGCAACUCCUCAAGACGCUGACUCAUGGAUGCCGGUAUGAUCGCCUCGAGAGACCCGUUCACUAUGGCGAGAACAAUACCCGACUGCCCGUGGAUGUCUACGCACGUGCUUACAUCUAUUUCAUACAGAAUCUCGAAGCGCACGAUUUGCAAUUCAAAAUCCAUGCACUUCUGCAGCUGCGCUACGUUGAUCCACGUCUGGUGUUCCGGGAAGUUGCCCCCAAUCGUCGUGAAUCAAUCAUGGGGGAGGCUUCACUGAGGCAAUCCCUGUGGGUACCGCAUGUCUUCCUGGCCAAUGAGCGAUCCUCAAGUAUUUUGGGUACAGCUGAGAAGGAUAUUCUCACAUCAAUCUCCCCAGAUGGGACGGUGAUUGUGUCCACGAGGAUUCAGGCACAGCUGUACUGCUGGAUGAAUUUGCAGAAGUUCCCCUUUGAUGAGCAGCACUGCCAAACUGUCCUUGAAAGCUGGAUGUACAAUACAUCGGAAUUGGUGCUGCAUUGGGAGCAGAAAUCUCCAGUUACACUGGCGCCAGAGCUUCAUCUCACUGAAUACGUUCUGCUCAAUAUGUGGACCAAUGAAACGAUGAUUAAUGCUGAUCUUAGUGAUCUCCGACACGGUGCUUUUGCUGGAAACUACAGCUCCCUGACGUUCACAAUCCACCUGGCACGUGAGAUGGGCUUCUAUUUGAUGGACUACUUCAUCCCCUCAAUGAUGAUCGUAGCCAUAUCGUGGGUAUCAUUCUGGCUGCAGGCAGAUCAAUCGGCACCGCGCAUCAUGCUCGGCACCAGCACCAUGUUGACCUUCAUCACACUCGCCUCGGCCCAGGGCAAGACAUUGCCCAAGGUGAGCUACAUCAAGGCAUCCGAGGUGUGGUUCCUCGCGUGCACGGGUUUCAUCUUUGGUUCCCUCGUGGAAUUUGCCUUUGUCAACACAAUUUGGCGCAGGAAGAAGAAUGUGGAGCUCAAGAAGGUCAACAGCAAGUACAUCCUCAAAUCCACCCUAACUCCUCGCCCCACGCGCAAGGAAAUUGGUGGGAAUCUCCAGAAAUCUCAUUCCUGCUCCAGCUUGGAUGCACAGAGCAUCACAACAGCUGCACCAUCCUACAAUAACUAUCUCACAGUUCACAGUUUCUCGAAUAACAAGAACACCCUCCCCGUGAUCACGACACAGAGUUGCGAUGAUCUCACACAGGAGAAUGGGACAGUGAUAAAUGUGGAGCCAGAUUCCACGUCCACACUCCAGGGGAACAAUGCCACCCCACCAGGACAACCCCAAAAUACCGGAUGGACCACAAUGACGCCCCAGGAGAUCUCAAUGUGGAUCGAUCGAAGAUCAAGAUUUCUCUUCCCAUGCGCAUUUAUCGUCUUCAAUAUCUUCUAUUGGAGUUUCGUGUACUGCCUCUGAGUCCUCCAAAGCAUCCGGACUCACCGCGUGCAUCCCCAUUCUUCGCAUUAUCUUUUUAGACUUUUUAUCUCUUGAAAAAAAAAGAAGAAAAACCUUUGUAACAAAGAUUUCUUAGUCAUUAUUAUCUCUUUUACUUAUGCUAUUUAUACUGCAAAUCCAAAUGUUAAAUAAAACCUAUUGCCUAA